CCGGCCUCGCCAGGUCUGGGCUUGCCGGCCGCGAGGUGGAGGCGUCGAGGGACUCGGUCGGCCGGCCGCCACCAGGUGCCCAGAGGCCGGAGGUCCGUGCGCCCCGGCCGCGGCCCCGGCCCGGGCCCAGCCCCGCGCCCCUCGCCAUGGGCCUGGCCCUCGCCCGCGGGCCCUGAGCAUGGAGCGGGGCUGGCCGCCGGGGCACUGCUGCAGCCGGGAGCGGCCCGCCGCCUGCCGCCGCGCCCUCAGCGUGUGCGACUCGCUGGACCUGCACGGCGCCCCGGCCGGCCGCGCCGCCGCCGCCCUGCAGGCCGCCCUGUGCGCGGCGCGCGAGCAGCCCCCGCGGCCCCGGAGCGUGUGCUCCGGCGGCCCGGGGCCGGCACCCGCCGGCGCCCGCGGCCUGCUGCUCGGCCUCCUGCGCCCGCGCCUCGGCCGCCGCGGCCCCGCAAACGGACGCCCGCCGGCUCCCGGGCCCGCGCCCUCGGGGCCUCCUGCCUCGGCCGCGCCCAGCCCCGCGCCGGCCCGGCGCGGCCGCCCGCAGGGGGCCCAGGCCCAGCGGCCGCGGCCCGCCAGCAUGACGUUCCUGGAGGUGCACCGCCUGGAGCCGGCGGCGGCCGAGGGCGCGGGGCUGGGCCGCGCGGGCAGUGCGGGCUUCCUGCGGGGCGCCCCGCUGUGGCGCAGCCAGCGCUGGCAGGCGCCCCACGGCGGCGGCGGCGGCGGCCCCCCGAGCCCCCGGCGCGGCCUGUCGGCGCUGAGGAAGAGCUUCAGCUUCCGCCUGCGCCGCGGCCGGGAGAUCCGGCGCGCGGAGUCGGGGCUGCUGCCCCGGGCGCGGACCCGCAGCGACGGGGACGCCGGCGCCCUGGGCGCCUUCCCCGGCCGCCGCGACCUGCUGCUGGGCGCCGAGGCCCCGCGCGCCGCGCCCGAGCCCGGCCGCCCGCGCGCCGCCGCCGGCCUCUGGAGGCUGCUGCUCAGCCGCUUCCGCCGGAGGGAGCCCGCGCCCGCCGGGCCGCUGUUGGGCUGCGGGGCGGCCGCGGCCCCGGGUCCCCUGGGCGCGCCGAGCGACUCCUUUGUGAACAGCCAGGAGUGGACCCUGAGCCGCUCGGUGCCAGAGCUUAAAGUGGGCAUUGUUGGGAACCUGUCUAGUGGGAAGUCAGCCCUGGUGCACCGCUAUCUGACGGGGACCUAUGUGCAGGAGGAGUCCCCGGAAGGGGGUCGGUUUAAGAAGGAGAUUGUGGUGGAUGGCCAGAGUUACCUGCUGCUGAUCCGGGAUGAAGGAGGCCCCCCUGAGCUCCAGUUUGCUGCCUGGGUGGACGCAGUGGUGUUUGUGUUCAGCCUGGAGGAUGAAAUCAGCUUCCAGACAGUGUAUAACUACUUCCUGCGGCUCUGCAGCUUCCGCAAUGCCAGCGAGGUGCCCAUGGUGCUGGUGGGCACACAGGACGCCAUCAGUGCCGCAAACCCCCGGGUCAUCGACGACAGCAGGGCCCGCAAGCUCUCCACAGACUUGAAGCGCUGCACCUACUAUGAGACAUGUGCCACCUACGGGCUCAACGUGGAACGUGUCUUCCAGGAUGUGGCCCAGAAGGUAGUGGCCUUGCGGAAGAAGCAGCAGCUGGCCAUCGGGCCCUGCAAGUCACUGCCCAACUCCCCCAGCCACUCGGCAGUGUCCGCCGCCUCCAUCCCAGCCGUGCACAUCAACCAGGCCACGAAUGGCGGCAGCAGCGCUUUCAGCGACUACUCGUCCUCAGUCCCCUCCACCCCCAGCAUCAGCCAGCGGGAGCUCCGCAUCGAGACCAUCGCUGCCUCCUCCACCCCCACACCCAUCCGCAAGCAGUCCAAGCGGCGCUCCAACAUCUUCACGUCUCGAAAGGGUGCUGACUUGGACCGGGAGAAAAAAGCCACCGAGUGCAAGGUGGACAGUAUCGGGAGUGGUCGGGCCAUCCCAAUUAAACAGGGCAUCCUGCUGAAGCGGAGUGGCAAGUCCCUGAACAAGGAGUGGAAGAAAAAGUAUGUGACGCUGUGUGACAAUGGGCUGCUCACCUACCACCCCAGCCUGCAUGACUACAUGCAGAACAUCCACGGCAAGGAGAUCGACCUGCUGCGGACGACAGUGAAAGUGCCAGGGAAGCGCCUGCCCCGUGCCACCCCUGCCACAGCCCCAGGCACCAGCCCCCGGGCCAACGGGCUGGCCUUGGAACGGAGUAACACACAGCUGGGUGGGGGCACAGGUGCCCCCCACUCGGCCAGCAGCCCGGCCUGGGCUGGCCCCCAUCCCGAGGGGCUGCACCAGCGCUCCUGUUCCGUUUCCAGCGCCGACCAGUGGAGUGAGGCUGCUGCCCUGUCCCCAGCCAGUGGCCCAGCUGAGGUGCUCAGUUCCAGCCCCAAGCUAGAGCCUCCCCCAUCUCCCCACUCCAACCGGAAGAAGCACCGGCGGAAAAAGAGCACCGGGACCCCCCGACCAGACGGCCCCAGCAGUGCUGCUGAAGAGGCAGAAGAGUCGUUUGAGUUUGUGGUGGUGUCCCUCACCGGGCAGACGUGGCACUUCGAAGCCUCAACAGCAGAGGAGCGGGAGCUGUGGGUACAAAGCGUGCAGGCCCAGAUCCUUGCCAGCCUGCAGGGCUGCCGCAGCUCUAAGGACAAGACUCGACUGGGGAAUCAGAAUGCAGCUCUGGCUGUGCAGGCCGUCCGUACUGUCCGCGGCAACAGCUUCUGCAUUGACUGCGACGCCCCCAAUCCAGACUGGGCCAGCCUGAACCUAGGUGCCCUGAUGUGCAUUGAGUGCUCAGGGACCCACCGACAUCUGGGGGCCCACCUGUCCCGGGUCCGCUCCUUGGACCUUGAUGACUGGCCGCCUGAGCUGCUGGCUGUCAUGACCGCGAUGGGCAAUGCUCUGGCCAACAGUGUCUGGGAGGGGGCCCUGGAUGGCUAUGCAAAGCCAGGGCCUGAUGCCUGCAGAGAGGAGAAGGAGCGCUGGGUCCGGGCCAAGUACGAACAGAAGCUCUUCCUGGCCCCGCUGCCGAGCUCGGAUGUGCCGCUGGGGCAGCAGCUGCUCCGGGCUGUGGUGGAGGACGACCUGCGGCUGCUGGUAAUGCUUCUGGCACACGGGUCCAAGGAGGAGGUGAAUGAGACCUACGGGGACGGGGACGGGCGGACAGCUCUGCACCUCUCCAGUGCCAUGGCCAACGUGGUCUUCACACAGCUGCUCAUCUGGUACGGGGUGGACGUGAGGAGCAGGGAUGCCAGGGGCCUGACUCCACUGGCCUAUGCUCGUCGGGCUGGCAGCCAGGAGUGUGCAGACAUCUUGAUCCAGCAUGGUUGCCCUGGGGAGGGCUGUGGCUUAGCUCCUGCCCCCAGCAGAGAGCCUGCCAAUGGCACCAACACCUCUGCUGAGCUGCACCGGAGUCCUAGCCUCCUAUAAGGCCCGGGAAGAGGAAGAGAGACCAGAAAGAUUCUGUGGCCUGGGGACCUUCCUCCCUAUAAGCACUGGUGGAAACAAAGACAUAGAGACUGGGAAACAGGGAUGUGAGAAGAGGAGGAGGGGAGGAAAUUAGGGAGUCAAAGAGGAGAAGAGCUAAGUGGGAGAAAAGACACAUCUGGGAUUUGAACUGCAGCCGGAAGGGAGUGGAGGUAUUCAGCCCUCUGCCCUGUGGUGCCAUUGAAAAGGGACAGGACCCUUUGGAGACACCUGUGAGGAGAGGGGAGCCGGACCUCUCCCUCCUCCAGAUUCCUACCUUGUAGUGCCAGCCCCCUGCAAGCCUUCAUCCUAAAAUGGAACCUGGAUAGGGCACAGGUUGUGGGGUGCUGGAUGAACAGGACAAAUGUGUGAUCUGGGAGUCCCAUGUAAAUCUGUACAUUGGAAUAUUUAUGUUUGUGUACAUAUUUGGUGUGCGUGUAUGAUGAGCCAAUAAACAGACUGUGUGUGUG